AUGGCGAGCCCCGCACGGCCGCGGCAGGAGCUGGCAGCGGAGGAGCGGCGGCUCCGCGUCUCGGCCCCCACGCUGCCCCGCGACGCCGAGCGGGAAGUUGCGGGGGAGCGGUCGGUGCUGCUGGAGCCCCGGCAAGGCGGAAGGCCGCCAGCCCCCGGCCUCGGCGAGCGGCGGGAGGAGGGGGAGGAGGAGGAGGAGGAGGAGGAAGAAGAGGAGGAGGAAGAAGCAGCGGCGGGCGAAGGCUGCUGCAGCAAGUGCAAGAAGCGGGUACAGUUCGCCGACUCGGUGGGGUUGAGCCUCGCCAGCGUCAAGCAUUUCAGCGAGGUGGAGGAGCCGCAGGUGCCCCCCGCGGCGCUGUCCCGCUUGCAGAGUCCGUCCGCCGAGGAGCGGGACCCGCCGCCAGGUCAGGACUCCCCAACACCGCCCGGUCUCUGCCUGCUGCCCGAGUUCCCCGACAGCGGGGACCCCAGCGCCGAGCGGCUGCGGCGGCAGCGCGUCUGCCUGGAGCGGCUGGGGCGGCCUUCGGCCCCCACCGACGUGCGGGGCACGGUGCAGGUGCUCGGGUGCCCCGGCCCCAAGGAGGUGACGGUGCGGUAUACCUUCAACGAGUGGCAUUCCUUCGUAGACGUCCCGGCAGUGCCCCUGCCCCCGGCCCCUGUGGCUGCGGGUGACCCUCCGGCCGAGCGUUACGGCUUCAGCCUGUGCGUCCCGCCGAGCCUGAGGGAGGGCUCAGCCCUUCAUUUCGCCAUCCGCUACAGGAGCCCGCACGGAGAGUCCUGGGACAACAAUGGUGGCCGCAACUACACCCUGAGGUGCUGCGGAUUACUCGCGGUCGGACCUGUGUCCUCCGCCCUGCCGAGUCCUGCUGCACCCCGAUACUGA